AUGUCGCUCGGUCACAACGCCUGGCCACCAGGCAAUAUCCGCCCUCCGGAUGAACAGCAGGACUCUCCGCGCCCGGUCAAUGGCUUGAUAAAGACAUUGUCUGGCUCGCGAACCCCUCAAACACGCGGCUCGGUCAGCGCCGAGGGCCCGAAUGCCGGUAGUAUGACAUCCGAGCCGGAUACCACCGUCGAAGAGGACCCGCGCAUCGCUUCAUUCCGUGAAUUGUUCCGCAGCAGUGAGGCGAAAAUCAACGCGCUUUUUUCGGGUCACUAUACACCUGACGAAUCGCCCGAUAUCGCGGUCGCGGAGAUCGACCCGUCCGAGCUUGAAAAUGAACGCGUCGAUGCGCCGGCCGCUUCUGUUGCAGCACCCCCCAAGACCACCCGCAAACUUGACGACGACUACGACGACUACGAUGACGACGAUGACGCGGAUAUGAUAGAUUCGACUGAGUCGCCUUUGAAAUUGAAAUCUGUACCACCGUCGCAGGACGCCCAUCUCGCUCCCGCAUCCGCUCAACGUCCGGGCACGGCUGUGUCUAUAAUCGCCGAUGGAUCUAAAGAGUCCAAAAAAGAGACAGUGGAAGAUAUACGGAAACAACUCGAAGAAGAUAAAAAAGCGACAGAGGAGGCUGCGAGGCGCAGCUUCCACACGCUCUUUUACACCCUUGAGAAUGACCGAGACGCCAUGCUUGAACAGCAAAGACUAGAAGAGUCUGAGAGACAAGUUGAUGCAGAGAUAUCGGGACAAGCAAAUGCCAAUGGAAACAACGCUGCUGCUGGGUCGAAUGGGUAUAGCUCAUUGAGUAAUACCAACCUCGGAGCUUCCAGCUUAACCUUGAAGAAUCUUAUCGCCCGAAUUGACAAGAAGCGCGACAUGGUUCAAGCGUCUGAUGCUGAGCUCCGAAGUUUGCUGAGCGAGGUGCGCAAGAAUCGCAGCAAGUGGGCCAGCGAGGAUAAGAUUGGCCAAGAGGAGCUUUAUGAAGCUGCGGAAAAGGUUCUGAGUGAACUCAAGGCCAUGACAGAACAUUCUAACGCUUUCCUGACCCGUGUCAAUAAACGGGAUGCGCCAGAUUAUUAUACAAUUAUUAAACACCCCAUGGAUCUUGGAUCAAUGACCAAAAAGCUCAAAGGCCUGCAAUACCGUUCCAAGCAAGAUUUCGUGGAUGAUCUGAAUCUGAUCUGGAUGAACUGUUUGAAGUACAACACGAAUCCCGAACAUUUCCUGCGAAAACAUGCCCUCUACAUGCGGAAGGAAACUGAGAAGCUCGUUCCCCUCAUCCCUGAGAUCGUCAUCAGAGAUCGGGCUGAAGUAGAGGCCGAGGAGCGUCGACUUCAGCUAGCAGAGCUUGAUGGUGCCGAAGAAAGCGAUGAUGAGCCCAUCAUGUCUUCUCGCGGGAGGAAGGCUCCUGGUAAAUCGUCCAAGAAAGGUACUGCUCCGUCCCGCAAUACCCACAGUGGCUCUGAAGGACCUACGGGGACUGGGUCCAGUCAGCCCCCAGCACCUGCUCGUGCGGAUUCGGACACCGCAAUGGAAGCGAGUCAAAAUGGGUUCGGUACCCCACCCCCUGGAUCUCAUACUCCUUCCGACCCAACAGUUCCCGGAUUGGGCGCUGCAGCCAGCCAGCAAGAUGAUUCUAUGGAAAUUGACGCACCCAUCGCGUCUGCCAUGGUCCUCAGCGCCCUGGCAGGUCCCGGUGCAGAGUUGGAAGACCCGGAAUACAAAGUAUGGAAGCAAGUAACAAAGAAGGAUCGAGCUCUCAUUGCUGCGGAGCGGCAUCGCCUUCUCAAAGGCGAUAAGGUCAAUCCAGAUGAACCGGCCUUACUUCGAACAAAAGCCGGCAUGCGACGAUGGCUUCGCCAUGAACGGCAAGCAGCCGUUGAAGGUGAUAAGUUGCAUGACGCCUCCCAGGGAAUGGAACCCGAGGCAGCCGGGGAAACCCUUGCCGAAGGGAUCGAGGGCGAGGAAGAAAAGAUGAUUCCUUAUUAUUACGACGUUAUGUCGGGUGUGCCUGAUCUUCCGGAGCGGUUGGCCUGGAAGGAGGAUGCACAAGGCAAUGUCGUGGAUGCCACUGAAGAAUACCUUAGAAUCCUCCCCAAGGGUUCUUUUCUACAGCCCGACAGCAAAUUGUCUCGCAAGAUCGAAGCGAACAUGCGACAGAUGCAGGAAACCCGCAAGAUCUGUUCCAAAGUAAGCAUCGUGAAGCAGAUGCAGAUACAAUCACAGAUGUAUCAAAAUCAAUUCCAAAAAUACAAUCCGGAGCCUUUCGUGGAGCAGGAUGUCCCACCUCAUGUCAUGAAUGAUAAUGGCCCGGUUAUUGCCCCCGGAACUUGCCGAGCAGCCCUGCAACGCUCUGUUGCCAAAAUUUUCUAUCACACUGGUUUUGAGGAAUAUCAACCAUCUGCUAUCGAAGUUGCAACCGAAAUUACGUCUGACUUUUUCCACAAGAUUGGCGAAACUUUCAAAUCGUACAUGGAGGCACCAAAAGUUCCAGUGACCGAGACUCCGGAAAUGGCGACGUCGGCUACUGAUUGGAAGUCAGCAUACACUGAGCCAGAAAUUGUACUUCAUACUCUUUCUGGAGUUGGAAUCAACAUUGAUGAACUUGAGUCUUAUAUCAAGGAGGAUGUUGAUCGACUCGGAACUAAGCUGUUCACAGCCCACGAUCGUCUUAAGUCGCUUCUUACCGAACUUCUUCGCCCUGCGCUCGCGGAUGGUGGUGAGGACGGCUCUAAUGCCUUCAAUGACGGGAGCGAGCAAUUCGUUGGUGGUGAUUUCGCAGAGGAUAUCGAUGAGGACUUCUUUGGCUUCAAGGAAUUGGGUCUCGAUCGCGAGUUCGGUCUGUCUCAUCUGAGUGUCCCGCUCCAUCUCCUCCAGAACCGGAUGUACAAUGCGGCCCAGUCGCAGAAUACGAACACCAUUCAGACUAUUACUGUCUACCCUUCACCACCUUCAUAUUCCCGUAUUUCGACGAGCAGUCUAUCCGAACAAAUCGGCCUCAUACAGCCCUUCUUAAAGGGCAAGCUCAACGCCAACCGCGACGAACCCCUUGUGGAAGAUCUCGAGCUUCCACCAAAGCAAAGGCCAAUGGCCGUUAAACCUCGUCUACCGGCCUCCGGCAAGAUUCCACCCAUGCCCGGUAUCUCAGGGCCGACCUCCAGUCCCCAGAAACGACCUGCCCCUCCAAGUACAACGGCAGGUACGAAAGCAAGUGCAUCGGAACCAAGCAAGAAAAAGACAAAGAAGAACAGUGGGGUCGCCCUUGAUAUGCCAUUCAGUUUCGACGGAGAAGCAGAGCAGGGGUCUUCCAUUGAUGGAACUAAAGACUUUUCGACAGACCUCAAGCCAGAUGGUAUGGAAGGCAUCGACGAACCCAACGUUUCGCAACCGGAUAAUGUGCCCAUGACAAAUGGUACCACCGCAUGA